AUGGCGGCGGCGGCCCCGGCGGCCGGGCCUGGCCCCGGGCUUGCACCUGGGGCUUCGGCCCCGACGGGAGGAGCUGGCAGCGGGGCAGGGGCCGCGGUGGGGAACGGAGCGGCGGCGGCGGGGCCGGGCCCGGCGAAGAGCGGCGAGGAGCGGCUGAAGGAGAUGGAGGCGGAGAUGGCUCUGUUCGAGCAGGAGGUUUUGGGGGGCCCCCCGCCAGCCCCCCCCCCGGGGGACCCCCUGGCUGCCCCUCCCCCACUGCUGAGGCCAAUCAUCGCCACCAACACCUACCAGCAGGUCCAGCAGACCCUCGAGGCUCGAGCUGCUGCCGCCGCCACCGUCGGAGCCCCCCUGGUGUCCCCCCCGGUGCCAUUCGUGGGGCCAGCGGUCUCCCCCCAGAGGGCUCCGAUCCUGCGCCCUGCGUUUGUGCCUCAUGUGCUGCAGAGAGCUGGUCCCAGGGCCCUGGCCCUGCGCCCCCCCCCCGGGGCCAUCGUGGGACCCCCCCUGGGGGCUCCCCCUGCCCCCCCCCUGCUGCUGGCCCCCCCCCUGCAGAGACCUCCCCCAGCCCCACUGCCCCCCCUGGGGGGGAACCUGCGGCCCCCAGCCCCAGUGCCGGGGGCUGGGGUCCCAGGGCCCCCCCUGACCCCACUGGGGGCUGGGGGAGGCCCCAGACCCCCCCCGGGGACCCCCAAGGUCACCCCCCCGGUGAUCCAGGCUGCCCCCACCGUGUACCCUCCCCCCCCCCGCAAGGGGCAGGAGGAGCCGCCCCCCCCGCGGGCCCCUCCCCCGCCGGAAGAGCCCCGGAUUGGUCCUUGCCUGCCUGUAGGCCCCGCCCCGGCCCCGCCCACUGCGCCCGAACCCCGCCCCGGGCCCCAAUUGGCGGCUCCGGCGCCACGCCCACGCCGGACCCGCCCCCCGGAGCCUCCCUUCCUGCAGCCUGAGGCGGGGGCGGAGCCGGCGGGCGAGGAGCGGCGGAAGGGAAGGGGCGAGAGGCUGAAGCGCUGCAUCCGCACCGCCGCCGGCAGCAGCUGGGAGGAUCCCAGCCUGCUGGAGUGGGAUGCUGAUGACUUCCGGAUCUUCUGCGGGGACCUGGGCAACGAGGUGAACGACGACAUCCUGGGCAGGGCCUUCGGGCGCUACCCUUCCUUCCUGAAGGCCAAGGUGAUCCGGGACAAGCGCAGCGGCAAGACCAAGGGCUACGGCUUCGUGUCCUUCAAGGACCCCAACGACUGGUUGCGGGCACCUGGGGAGGGGAUUGGGAGGGGACUGGAGGGACUGGCAGGACUGGGAGGGGACCUGGGGGGGCACUGGGAGGGGGACUGGCGGUCUAGACUGGUCUAUACUGGUCUGAACUGGUCUGUACUGGCAGGGGCUGACCCCGAGGACGUCAUCAUGGGAGCCUUCAAAGUGCUGGACCCAGACGGGAAGGGAAGCAUCAAGAAGAGCUUGUGA